GAGGACCAAUGCGAUGAGGGCGGGGUUGUGGCACGGCUGACGCGGCACACUCGACCUGAUCAGGCGCCUAGCUGACCGGUCUCCCAGAAACUCAGCAGAGCAUAAAUAACAAGCUCUCAUAGAGUCCGUAGGGCACUUGCAAACGUAUCGCAACAUCGUUAUCGCCACCGCCGCAAGCACCACUAUGGGUCACCCAGCAGCCCCUUCAGUCGCCGCACCAGCCUACGACGAUUUAAUUCAGGAGCAUCCCGUGAAUGCAUAUCCACCGUUAGGAUCAACAUCUGCUUACAGAAUCCUCCCUGAGGACGAGCCUGAUAUCGAGCUAGCGCAUGCUCACUCGCCGCCAGCCAAUUCGUUCACGCCUCACCAACAUUGCGAGACUUGCGACACGCUUAUAACAGCGCGUGAGGUCAGAGCCAACGAACGACAUUGUUGCCUAUGGGUUUCAAUCGUUUCCAUGACUAUCAGCGUCUCGUUAUUGCUGUUAGGAAUCGUCGCCGUAGGGGCCAAAUACAAACACCACAAACAAUAAGCUGCGAUGACGCUGCUGGCAUGUCUAACACCCUUCUGUUGCAUCGGGUUCGAUUGCGCAGGCCUUCGGCGGCUGAGACGGACUCGAGAUACCAUGUAUCGAACAGGCAC